CUCCGUGUUCGUCCGCCUAAAUCUACUCUCCCCCUCCCCCACAUCCAAACAAACCCCAGAACGAGGCUGUUUGGAUGCAAACACGAGCACAAAAGACGAGUUACUUGUUCGACUCGGGACGACGAUUUCCUUGCGCAACACACAUACACGCACAAUCACACACGCGCGUGCGCUCGCUGCAGCUGUUACAGGCCUUCCUCCGAUCCGGACCAAGACAAGACAAGGAAAAAAAAAGAAAGCUUAAACCAGAAAUUGUCCGGGGGAGAACGCAACACAGCAAGAAAAAGAGAGAGAGAGGCGUUGGACGAUAGCUAUAUUCUUACCCGUUUGUGCAUAACGCCAUUUUCACUCAUUUUUUCGAAUCACUAUUUCUAUCGUACCAUUUUUUCCACGAAAACAAGAAGAGAAGGAGACCUCAACCCCGCUGAAACAAGAAAAAAACGAGGAGCAAGGGACAUAUACAUCCUCGAGUUGUCGGUAAUAAAGUCAAAGUUACACGCCGCCAAAAAAAAAAAAAGACACAGGAUCCAACACAACAUAUACACACGCACCGAUUCCCAUGUCGCUCCCAUAAUACAAAACGACACACACACAAAACGCCACAACAGUACCCGUACCGUUACCCGUAACACACACAAAAACAACACCAUCCUCCCACAACAUACA